UCGAAAACGAAGCCCACAAGACGUGAUCGACGUCGCCGAGGCGAUCGUGAAGUACUCAUCGCGAAUAAAUAGCACCGUCGGUAGCAGAAAGAGAGUGAAUGUGCCAUCAAAGCCCAACGGUCGGUGAAUGUCGUGCUAGUCAGCCAUCGUAGUAUCCUUUCGAAUGAAGUAACGGACCUCGGUAAACCCAGCCGUUCAGAGGACACGCGCCAAGCUUCAACAUGACUGUUUCAUAUUCAGCGGAGGUACCAAACGGUAGCAAUUUUGGCGUAUUUUGGCGAAUUCUCUGGAAAUGGCGUGGCAGCGUGUACAAAGCCGUUUGGCGGGAGCUGUUGGCAUAUCUGCUAGUCUACUAUACACUUAAUUUCACGUAUCGCUACGGUCUUAGCGAGGAUGGAAAAAGAGUUUUCGAACGAAUCCGCACCUAUUUCGGCCAGCAGCGAGAGACAGUACCACUGUCGUUCGUGCUCGGAUUCUACGUCAGUCUUGUGGUGAAACGAUGGUGGGAACAAUAUCGAAUGCUGCCAUGGCCGGAUACGCUCGCCCUGUUCGUGAGCGCUGCCAUUCAGGGAAAUGAUGAAACGGGUCGCCUGAUGCGCCGAAACAUCAUGCGCUACAUGGUGCUGUCGUAUGUGAUCACCUUGCAGAAGAUUUCGCUGCGCGUUAAGCGACGGUUCCCGGGAUGGCAGCAUCUGGUCGACGCCGGUCUCAUGCUUGAGAGUGAGCGCAAAAUCUUUGAGAUUAUGGACGCCAAGAGCCCGAUGUCCAAGUACUGGAUGCCACUGGUGUGGGCUACGAACAUCAUCAACCGCGCGCGCAAGGAUCAGCUGAUCCCUUCCGAUCACAUCGUGCAGACGCUGCUGAUGGAGCUGUCGGACAUCCGGCGCCGGCUCGGAGGGCUUAUCGGAUACGAUACCGUGUGUGUGCCCCUGGUGUACACCCAGGUCGUCACGCUCGUGCUUUACUCGUACUUUACCGCCGCCAUCAUGGGCAGCCAGAUGAUCCCGACGUACGACGCGGCAACCGGCACCUACCAGGAGCUGGACGUAUUCUUUCCACUCUUCACUGUGCUGCAGUUUGUGUUCUACGUUGGCUGGCUGAAGGUGGCCGAGGUGCUGAUUAACCCGUUCGGUGAGGACGACGAUGACAUUGAGUUGAACUGGCUCAUCGACCGGCACAUCAAGGCGUCCUACAUGAUCGUGGACGAAAUGCACGACGAGCAUCCGGAGUUGCUGAAGGAUCAGUACUGGGAAGAGGUCGUUCCGAAAGACCUGCCGUACACGGUCGCGUCCGAGCAUUAUCGCCGGGAGGAACCGAAGGGUUCAGCCGAACACUACAAGGUGAAGGAGGCCGAUGCGGUCUACGCCAACAUCGGUGCCGUCGGUGGCAAGCGCAUGAUGAACGAUGAGAUGUACGCGGAUUACGAAAGCGUCGAUACUCCGAUGGCUGAACGGCGUAAAGGAUGGCUCGGAAAGGUCAGCCGAAUGGGCUCAGGACGCAGCUCGUCCACGGCCUACUCGUCCGGGGGUCUGUUCGCACGCAACCGUCAUAAUUCGGUCUACUCCAGUCCGGAAGCUGGCCUCGGGCAACCUAUUGUCACCGGUGCACCCGCUCCGAAAGUCAGUUUGUACGAUCGAUUCGUGAACCGGAAAUCUGGACGUCACGCGCGGCAAAUCAUCAAACAAAAUUCGAAGCUCAGCCUAAAUGGGUCGGUCAUAUCGACCGUGCCGCAGAAAGCUCGCCCACGAAUACCGACGCCGGACGUGACGAAGGAAAGCCGCAUUGCUCCGCUUGGAACAGUGACAACAAGCACCGCCAACAUUGCCUCCGGAGUGGCGCUCAUGGCAACGCAGCUCGCUAACAACCCGUCCAUCUACCCGGCGUCCACGGCUACCAUAAACAACAACGAAGUUCCCGUGGUUGGAACGCUCCUGCUGGCACCGAUCAAGGAACUCGACUCCAGCUCGACGACCAAUACUCUGCACUCGGGGCAGUCCGCAACGGCCGCUUUGGCCAAAUCGAUAAUACCAUCGACGUUAAAAAACUCCGUGCCGCCGUUCGGCAAGGAAGGUUCCAACCUGGAACUAGCGCUAACGAAUCCAACAUCCCUGGUCGGUUCGGCCGGCCCACUCGGAGCCAACACAGUGAUCGUGCUACCGGCGACUACGACGGCCGUGGCGGUUUCCGCGAAUGGCACCACGGUCACGGGAACAAUUCCGGUGACAGCCGGCGGUACCAGACGGGCGAUCGAUAUAAUCGAUGCUUGUACCAACGGAACUGGAAAUGUGCUGGUGCCGAAAACCGACGCAAUCCUUCCCAUCUCGCUCACCUCCAUCCCGCUCUCGUUCACGGUAACGCCGGUCACAAACACCACCACAACGACCACCGGUGGUACGAUCAUCACCGAAUUACCUUGUGACGAUGGCGAGGUCAGCACAAGCGUCACGUUGAGUAACGAGAAAAGCCGUCCGCCAGCGCCCAGCUCCAACGCAGAUAGCUCGUCAUCAGCCGCGUCAACACUGAGCAAACGGAAGCCAAAGCAUGGCGAGGUUUACGUUUAAACCAGCGAUUUCGAAGCACGGUGAAAUAUGACCAUGCAAGACGCGCAAAACGAUAGUCAGAUCAAACGCAGCAGAACAGCAGACGAUUAGAGACUCGAAAAGAGAUGUGCCAAUUGUGAAGUUUUCCUGAUUCCUACCCAAUCUUACCGCCCGAAUUGGAAGACGACGACAUUCCACGCAGAGCUGUGUAUUUGUUUCUAGUAACCGUUGAUACAAAGUAUUGCUUGUUUUAUAAGAAUGUGAGGAUUAGAUGUGCGAUAGCCCAACAAGAGGAGUGUGGUUUGAUUAUUUUAUGUAGUCUUUUAAACCGUCCAGAUUUAAGCAAGCCUACUUGCUACAAGCGGCUUCAUACAGCAUGGGUGCGUCGGUUAUCCGUUGUAGUAGAGUAGGGAAAAGCAAUGUGGGAGACCAGGAUCCCAGAUCUGCUAGUAUAUUUACGCGCAUUUUUUUGUUUUUCGCAAACUUAGUUUGUCGUACGUGGUGGUGAUGUAUGAUGAGCUAGGGUUAGUUAGUAUUUUAUUCUUUCAUUUACCACCGUAACAGAUGCUUUACAUUUUCCGGGGCUGCACUCGUACUUAUUUGAGAUGCGCGAUGUUACGAGAAGAGAAAAACUGUAAACGGUAGUAUUUAGUAUUUUACAAACAAGUAAAUACCAACUGAAACCCUUAAAAAGAUAUUUUACUGUCAAUUGUCAAUUUUUGAAUAAACGUGAUCAAGUUAUUCUACUUUCAUGUUGUGUUAUUCAUCCAAAGUGCAACGUUCUAA